UUAUGUUGUGGAAACCUUCCCGUUGUCAAAUUAGAGUCGGUGAGCUGGGAUAGACUGGGAGUUUGGUUCAGAGAAGGUCAGACAGCCUACUGCCUGCCGGACAGGGCAAGAAGAGUAAAGACUGAAUGUGGGACAGGAAAUCUGACGUGAACCAUCUACGAAAUAGUAUCCCAAUUGUUUCAUCCAGCAAUCAAGGAUCUGACGAAUGACAAAGGUUGGCUGCGUAAACUUUGGCAUUCAGGUCUGAUCGUUUCUAAACCGGCCUGUUGUUGUUCGUGGAGGCUCUGAAAGAGAACAUCAUGGCAAGGCGGACUGUGCACGAAGUAACAGUUCAAGAUGUACAGAAGAGGAGAAAUCCGAACAAACACUAUGUUUACAUCAUCAAAGUGUCUUGGUCUGAUGGCAGCACUGAGGUCAUCUUCAGGCGCUACAGCAAGUUCUUCGAUCUGCAGAUGGAGCUUCUGGAUAAGUUCCCUGUGGAAGGAGGGCAGAAAGACCCCAAGCGGAGAAUCAUCCCUUUUCUACCAGGGAAGAUCCUGUUCAGGAGAAGCCAUAUCAGGGAUGUGGCCAUGAAGCGCCUGAGGCCUAUCAACGAGUACUGCAGGGCUCUGAUUCAGCUGCCUGUGUACAUCUCCCAGUGUGAGGAGGUCCGUGUGUUCUUCGAAACCCGACCUGAAGACCUCAACCCACCCAAAGAGGAACCCAUUGGAAAGAAGAAGUCCGGCAUUGUGGAGAGAGCGACCACUUUCCUAAAGAGAGGAGACUCCAGUGCAGCUGACCCCCUGCUCCUGGACCAGUACGUGGCUGUCACUGACUAUGAGAAGCAGGAGAGCUCUGAGAUCAGCCUGCACGUGGGACAGACGGUGGAGGUCAUCGAGAAGAAUGAGUCUGGUUGGUGGUUUGUUAGUUCUGACGAGGCCCAGGGCUGGGUCCCUGCCACCUGCCUGGAGGCCCAGGAUGACCCUGAUGACUUCUCCCUGCCCGGUGAGGAAGAGGAGAAGUACACAGUGAUCUACCCGUAUGCAGCGAGAGACCAAGACGAGAUCGACCUGGAGAGCGGCAUGACAGUGGAGGUCAUUCAGAAGAACCUGGAGGGCUGGUGGAAGAUCAGGUACCAGGGACAGGAGGGCUGGGCCCCGGCGUCCUACCUGAAGAAGGCCGACAUGCUGAGCCAGAAGUUGGCAGCAGGCCACGCCAGCACCAACGAUCUGGACGGAUUCUCCAAGCAGCAGAACCAAGCCAAAGAGAGCAAAGGAGACAACAAGGACCAGAAAGACAAGGGCUUCUCCCCCUUUGCCAAGCAGCACAAACAAGGGGCGAGACAGAGACCACCACCACGCAGGGAUCUCACCAUCCCGAGGGGGCAGAACCUGCCCAAGCCGCCCACCCCUCCUCAGGUGGAGGAGGAAUUCUACACCAUUGCAGACUUCCAGACCACCAUCCCAGAUGGCAUCAGCUUCCAGGCUGGGGUCAAAGUGGAGGUGAUAGAGAAGAACUCCAGUGGCUGGUGGUACAUUCAGAUUGAAGACAAAGAGGGCUGGGCCCCCAUUACCUUCAUCGACAAAUACAAAAAGACCAGUUUGACCCCGCGCCCUAACUUCCUGGCACCUCUGCCCAACGAGAUGGCCCAGCUGAAGCUGGAGGAUGGCACUGCCAGCGGCGCGGGGCAAGAGGACAGCUGGUCCAAACCGCUGCCAGACGAGCCCACCGCGAGCAGCGAGUCCGGAGCCCGGCCCAAACUCAGAGACUGGAAGUCCAGUGCCAGUAAGGGGGCAUCAGCCUUCUCCGGACCCCUGCCUCCUGCCCCGUCCGCCCCACCUGCUGAGGAGAAGCCAGCCUUGCCACCCCGCAGGGAGUCCAUCAACAAGAGCCUGGACAUUGAGAUUACUGUGGAGAAACCCAGGACAGACCUAUCCAAACCCAUGCCUCCAAAACCCCAAGCCCCAGGUGUCAUCAUGCCCCUGCUCACCCCCAAAGCUGCCCCCUUCAAGCCCGACAAGCCCCCCGAGCCCAAGAGAGAGGUCGCGAACAAGCCUCUGCAUCUGAAGAAUGAGAUGGGUCUGGAGUGUGGCCACAAGGUCUCUGCCAAAGAGGUGAAAAAGUUCAACCUGAAACCUGUGGCUAAGCAACCACCCAAGCCCAAGCUUGAUCCACCGGAGGAGAGACCAGAGGUUGCCGGCCUUGCACUGUUCAUGAAACCUAAACCCAUAGUCCGGCCCAAACCCGUCCCAGCUGCCAAGCCAGAGCCGCCAGCUGAGAACAAGCUGGACAUCACCAACCUGAGGAGCAAGCUGAAGCCUUCAAAGCCAGUUGAACCAGGCUCUGGAUUAGCAGAGCCAAGCCAGCAAAACGGCACUGCAGCCAACAACGCCCCUAGCAAUGUUCUCCCCAAGAUGCCGCCCCCCCAACCUUCCCCCUAA